GUACAUGUACAGUGUACAUGGUUAAAGUCCAGGUGGGUUGUACGAGUUACAUGAUCAUGACGAUGUGCAUGUACGCUUUGGCAAACUGUCUGCAUACAAAUGACUUAAAUAUCGGUAGAUUACGCCCACUUUUGUGCAGGAUUUAUCUUUUUAAAGGUCUGUUUCAUCCCUUCAGGUGCUUUCGAGAAAUGGCAGAGAUACCAUCAACGUCCUCUUCAACUUUCAUGGAACCGUCUAAAGAUGAGGUGGUUGCACGACUGCGACAGAUGGACGCAACUGAAAUGUUGGCUGGACUUCCCCCUCUCCCAACGUCGCUCCCGAAAGCUGCGGUGUUAAUUCCACUGUUUUACCGCAACCGCCAGCUACACGUCCUGCUGACAGUGCGGUCGACCAAUCUGAAAUCUCAUCGCGGGGAGGUGGCCUUCCCUGGCGGAAAGAGUGAUGAAGGUGACGCUGAUUUGAAAACCACAGCACUCAGGGAAACGGAAGAAGAAAUCGGACUGGCCAGGGAGAGAGUCCAAGUCGUCGCUCAACUUGGUCCCACAUUUGCUCUCAAGGGGACUUUAGUCAUACCCGUCGUCGGGUUCAUCCCCGACGAUUUCACACCCGUUCCCAACCCUGACGAAGUUUCGGACGUCUUCACAGUACCCUUCUCGACUUUUCUUCGAACAGAGGAUCACAUGCAGAGAGAGUGGAAAGAUGACAGCGGGUACGAGUACACUCUGAAUUUUUUUAAUCAUUUGGAGGGUGGUAAGCAGUUCAUAACCUUCGGACUGACCGCCAGCAUUUGCAUCACGGCAGCAACUAUUUGCUUUGCCCGAAGCCCUGAUUUCAAAAGCGUCGUACAAUAUGAUCCUUCCAACCCCAGAAAAAUUCUUGAACUAUCCAAGAACUCCUAUAUGAGGCGACUUAGGAAGUUAAAGAAAGUGGGCCAGGGCAAGUUGUGAAGCUUCAGUUAGAAUGGAAGCAAAAAACCACGAAAAAAAAAAUGUAAAAAUGUUUACAACCAAAGAAUCAACUCUCGCGCUGUUGUAAUACAGUAAGUGAUCAUAUAUUUAAGCAGCGGCAUCUCUAGCUUUUGGCUGGGGGGGGGUUAACCGGCAGAUCCAAAACCGAAUGCAUCUUCGGGCUCAUUCAAUAUGGUGGCGUUGGAAAAAAAAAUCAAAAGCCUUACUCAGGUCUUGACAUUCUUGCUUUUAUUUGGUGUUGUUGUUUUCUUAGGGAUUUGUUGCCAGUAAUUGAUUAAUAAAUGUACCGAAUACUUUCUUUCUACUCACCCAUUCCUUGUAAAAAAAAAAAGGAAGAAAAAAUCUGCAAAAAUUCCACUGGAUAUGCCACCGUUUUAAAGGUUUUGGCAGGUUUUAGCAUCUUGCUUCAGGGUGGACCGGGGUCAUGUGGCCCCCCCCCAUUUUUAAUAAGAGAAAGGCCUGUCUGGUUUUGGUCUGUUUCGUUAUCCUUAUGUUCCAAAGCAAGUGAAAGCCCAGAAAAGUAGCCUCACCCCUCAGAAAGGCCAGAAAAGGUUUCGCUGCACAGGAAAAUAAAAUUCUAAUUCCCCCCCAAAGUGGGUUCUGGAUCUGCAAUUGAAUAGAGUGGAAUCCAGUGCUGACCAGUAGCCUGUAAGUGGACAAGUGGGGAAUGCUAACAACCGAAAUACCUACAAAUUCCCCGUUAUCCCUAAAAUUGGCCAUUUUAUUUGCUUACAAUGGCUUGCAUCAAAAUGAUGCAUUGAAACUUUUACGCUGUUUGUUUUCCAUUGUGGCAGUUGAAAAUUUAAAAAUGUACCUCAUACUUUUCGGCUUUUGAUCAAGUCAAAGUGGGAAAAUGACUUUAAAAUUCCCCUUUAGAAUAGAAUUUGACCAAAGAUUUUUUCUUUUUUUUCUCAAUGGGAUAUUAGUGGGCCCUCUCAACAAGACAGUUCAGUGGUAAAAUGGUUAAUUACCAAAUUAUGAACUCAGCCCCAAAUGCCGGUUUUUGUAAUUCCAAAGGUUUUCGGGGUACAUACAAAUUAACUCUGAAUUAUUUACUUCACAGGUCCAAGUACUGUAACACUUCUCUUGUUUGGAGUGUGCAUUUACACAUUGAAUGUAUUGUAAAUAUGUACAUUUUAAAGCUGAUUAGAUUGGUUCCCUUUGGGUUCUUGAUGACCUAAUUUUUUAACUUUUAAAUUUGUAUAUAUUAUACCUCUGUUAUUUAAUGAUUGUUGCAUAACUGCCAAAAUGUACUUGUAAAGCAAUUAGAGCAUUUAAAAUUUAAGAGAUUUCAAGUUUUCUGAUACGGCAUCAGAGAUUAAUUAAUUCAUGGAAUGUAUUUAGAAAUAUUUUAUUCCCAUUGAACUAAUUUCGAAAGUCUUAUAACCCCAAAGGGUACAUGUAAUUUAAACUUCCUGAUUUAGCUGAAAUCCAGGGUUUUUAAAAUACUAACUGGCAAAUUUACAAAGUUCACGAAAACCAGUUUACCAGACAAAUAAGUCAUCAGUUAUUUUGUAUCUUUGGCCCUUUUGAAAAGAAAGUGUUUCUGGAGAGACUUCAAAACCCAAUUUACAAGAACUUCAAUGUAUUUUCCACAUAAAUGUAAGGACACAGUGUUGCAAUUAAUUAACCCUAACCCCCCUCGGGACCACUGAAAUCCUGCAUAACCUUCUUGGGUUCAGCAUGGUCAGGGUUGUAUGCAUGGAUAUUCAUUAGUUAAAGUGAAAAACAAUUCCUAAGGCUUUUCUAAUGUGUAUUGUUGAUGUUGUUUACUUUUAGCUGAGUGCAAAAGAAACCUAUCAUACUCUAAGAAUGUAUUUCUUUCAUUGUCUGCAUUUUAUCAAGCAGGGCUUGCAACACUUUGCAUUCAGGCUGUGGCAAGUGUUAAAGAUGAGAACUGCACUAUUUUAAUGUACACUGCUGAUUGCAUUGUUGCCAAGUCAAGUGUGAUGACAAAGCAUAUAUUCAGUGAGCAGUCCACUAUCUGGAUAUGGAGUUGUGCGGGUCAAAGGUCAAAUGGGAUAAACUAUUCAACUUCAUUAUGAGUCUCUGCAAAGUUGUGGACUUGCCUGUUUUGUCUUACGGUUCAGUUUUAUUUGGGGGGGGUAAGUGUGAGUAUGGAUAUUCUUUGUUUUGGGUGGUUUCUUGGAUGGAAAGUUAAUGCAUUGGAAGUUUUUUAUAAAGGGAUCAGGUUCAAAAUGACACUGUGGCUGCUUUAGAUGGCAGUUGAUAAAAUAAAGUGACAACCAUUUUCUAGGUCUUAACUGA